AAGGGGAGGGGACAUCAAAACAAUCAAGAGAAGAGAAUCUCUGUUACCUUCUCAUUCCUCCUCUGGAGCUAGAAUCUCUGUUACCUUCUCAUUCCUCCUCUGGAGCUACUGAAAACAGCAACAACUACUACAACUACAACUACCACCAACUGACUGAGACUUUUCACAUCUCAGAACUAGACAGUCCACAUUCUCCCUCUUCAAAACAGGACAUUUAACCCCCUCCACCCUGUGGCCAUGGGAGAAGACUCAUCGCACGCCGAGCGCCUCAGCAACAGCAGCAGCAUUUUGGUCAACCCCCAGCAGUACCAUGCACAGCAAGACAACAUGGACCUCCUGGUGCCCAGCUUCAGCCCCAGCUCGGCUCCCUCCUCCCCCACUGACACCCUCUCCAAGCUGGGCUUGAAAACCCACGGGAGCCCCGGAAGUCCCACCAGUCCCAUGGCCAAGGAUCAGGUGAGUGCCAUCACAGUGGUGGCUCUACUCGACAAGCUGGUCAACAUGCUGGAGGCGGUGCAGGAGAACCAGCUGCGCAUGGAGCAGCGCCAGGCUGACCUGGAGGGCGCCGUGCAGGGGGUCCAAGGCGACGUGACUCGCCUGUCCAAGAACCACACCAGCACGUCCAACAGCGUGAGCAAGCUGCUGGAGCGCUCGCACAAGGUCAACACCCACAUGAAGGAGGUGCGGGAGCAUCUGGACAAGCAGGCGUCGCAGGUGAAGCGGCUGGAGGCCAACCAUGGACACCUGCUCAAGAGGAACCAUUUCAAAGUACUCAUUUUCCAGGAAGACAACGAGAUCCCAUCCAGCAUGUUCAUCAAGGAAUCCCCCAAGACCCGCCAGGCCAGCGAGCUUGAGGACGACGCCCCUGCGGCACCUGCCCCGUCUGUCACCGGCAUAGAUGCCAACCGCUCUCAGGAGGAGGGUCUCCAUAACAUCAGCCUGUACUCCUCCGACAAUGACACCGGGGGUCUCCACGAGGACGACGAAGCCCUGGAGGGAGAGGCAGAGCUGGGCCUAGAAGCGGCCCUGCCCUCCUUCGAGAGAUCCAGAGCCGACCGGCUGAAGCGCUCCAGCCUGAAGAAGGUGGACAGCCUGAAGAAGGCCUUCUCGCGCCAAAGCAUCGAGAAGAAGAUGACCAGGAUCAGCACCAAGAUCGUGCCACCUGCGAGCCGUGAGAAGAUCAAGAAAAGCUUUACACCAAACCACCCUAAGAGUCCCGCUGCCAAGAGCUCUUCUUUCAAGGUGUCGCCCAUGACGUUCAAUGUGAAGAAGUUGCGAGGCGAAGGGGAGGCCUCGACACAGCCCGGAGGCUCGCCUAGCGGGCAAGCCCACGUGGAGAUCCCUCCCUUGGGUAGCAUGGAUAGGGAUCUGCCCCUGGCCGAGGUGUACUCCCAGGAAGGGCUGGGUGUGGAGGGGGGAGAGGAGCUAGCUAGUCCUUCUACCCCUGGGAGCGUGCAGGCCGAUUUGACCAUCAAUGGAGAAGCGGGGAGCCUUGAGUGUGAUCUGACCAUCGAUCGUCAACCGGGGCUUGCUCUCCCGGAGCAUGAUGACGAUAUGGGGGAGGAGGAAGAGGUUUAUGAUGAGGUAGAGGAGCAGGAAAGCCUGGUGGAGGUAAAGGACCCCAUACCUGCUGUAGAGCAAGCUUCAUAAUCUCAUCCCUCUUAUCUUUUGCUCCUGCACAUUCCCUGGGUAUUUUAAAUUAACAUGCCAAAACUGUAGUCAUCCUUCCAUCUUUCCAGCCUACCAAUUUCAAAAAAAUCUCAAGCCCCAGUGCUAACGAUAUGGAGCCCCUAAGCAUUCCUGGCCCUCCAAUGCCUCCAGCCCUGCAUGUGCGAUUGAUCCAGGAGAUCCAUGGACAUAUCCCAGAUCACCAAGCUUCCAUUUCAGAGAUCCUGAUUUAUCAAGAGUGAUCAAGAUAUCCUGCAUCAGUUGCUCCUGCCUGGUCUGUAUAGCUACCUACCCUUCUUUGGGGCUACCUUAGGAAAAGAACCAGCAAGCCAAGGGACUAUAACUCACCUUCCCAACUGGAACCUAGGCUUCUGAAGAGCACAUCUCCAGGAUGCUGAGCCAACUCACUCUCUCUGUGUAUCUGUCUUUGCAUGGGCCUCUCAGUCUGACGGAUAGUCUCUUUGUUCUCCUGCCUCGCUUGAAAUCCUUGGCAAAGAGGGUAAAGUCCACAGCUUGGGAAGGGUAGCUCAUUGCCAAGUUGUCUGGGCAUUGGUAUGGGGCGGUAGCUAUGUUUCUAAAGCAAGGUCAGUGUAAGGCUGAGGUUUGUGACAUAUGCAUUUGACCCAGGUCUGGAUGUAACCACAUAACCCGAGUGCAGGGUAAAAAUGGAGUCAUAGCAUUAAGGCAAUUUCAUGCCAUCCCUACUUUAGUUCAUUUAUUUGCCAUAAUAUAUAUACUCAUCAGACCUCUCAUGACAAAAACAGCUUGAAAAAUACAGCUUGAAAGUGGUAAGUGGUUAAGGGAUUGUAAGUUGAUAUCUCUGUAUUAGGGUAAGGUCUACUGGGAGCACUAUUGAGACAGAGGAUGACUUGGGACCUUAAGGCUCUACAAACUGGGACUUUCCUAAACACCCUAUAUCAGGGCAAUCAUAAUCUUACGUUUAUGUAUAUAUUUGAUUAUAGGGAGUUAAAUAUCAGUAGGCAUAACGACUUAUAUAAAAUCAUAUUUGAGUACUGUCACCUGACUUUCAUAAAUAUACUGUAAAAAUUGUAAUGUUGGAGUUGAUUACGUGUGCAUUAUGUGCACCUAAAGUUAGCAUAGCACUCACAUAAACAAUGUUGACACAUUCCUAUAUGGUUGAAACACACAUGCACACAAACACUAGAUUAACUAGCACACAUUUACAGAGGCACCCACAAAGACAAUCACACACACACUCAUACACGCACGGAAUUCUUCAAACUUACACAGGCUGUUGUGGGUAAUUGCCAUGCUGGAGUGAGGAAUUCCUGCUUUGGAAGCCCUGUUGAAAAAAAACAGCAUAGACCAGCAUAGGCUGGUGACCAGCCGUCAUUGUUUGGACACUGGUCACCAGCAUUCCAGCAUAUGGUGGCCACCCGCAAAACCCGCAUUAAGUUACGUUAUGCUGGCUUUGCAAAGUGUUGUCUAAUUCCUAAUGGAAUCCAGCCUGAACGGAGAUAUCCAACAAUUUGAAUGUUUAUUCACCCACGAUUUGCCUUCAGAAUGAUUGCCAGGGUUUUGCCCUCAAAACAUCAAAUCAAGCUUUAUUUAUACAGCCCAUUUCAGACAUGGAAUGCAAUGCAAUGAUAAUAUAGGUGAAAUAUUUACUACACAACAAACAUAAGAUAAAAAACUAAAGAAUGGCACAAAAUAAACCAAAGGCAGUUCAGGAGGAGAGUCAAAGGCUUUUUCUAAAAAUGAUUUUUGAUUAGGCCUAAUCCAAAAAUGCACUCCUGCGUGCGAACUAUCCUUAAGCUUUUGUUCUGUUCAGUUCAGUUUGAGAAGGAGAGCUCAAAGAUGACGAGGACCAGAGGUCAACUUUGAUUGCUUGCUACUACUAUAAUUUAUUUUAUUAAAAACAAUGUUACUUUUCCAUUCUGAAAGCGUAUUGAUCAGAGUUAUUGGCCUCACAAUCAGCCAGAUUCGAUUGUGGUGACUGAAACUUGAAACAGCAGCCGGGGCACAAUCAAUUGGAAAUUGACAGCUAAUGGUGCUGAAAGUAGGCAAAUUUGAGUAGGCAUAAUUAAUUUGACUUUACUAACAACAAGAGGGCUUUGUGUUGGAGCCUAUUUAUUCAUAUUUAAGAAAUAAGAGGUCGGCCUACCUGUUUGGCAGAUUAAAUUAGGCAAUAGGCUGCUAUAUAGAUAUAUUUGUCAGUCAAUUCCAUGUCAGUGAAGGGGGUAUGAGGGUAUGCCAUAGCCCUACUUUUUAUGAAAGAAAAUGGCAAAAAGCACAAGCUUACCUCUUGUUAGUUUAAUAUUUUAAAACUGAUCCGAUUAUAUAACGUGAUAUAUAUGAGAGCGCUUUGGUCCUUGAUGCUUUACAAUAUGCAUUGUUUCGUGUCUUUGACAUUCAGAGGCUGAGACACAACCUUCUAUAGCCAAGGACCCAAAAAAUAUACUUUGCUUGGGAAGUAAUUCUAAUUCUCUCUAUCAAUUGAUUAGGCGAUUAACUUUCUGUACAAUAAAUGUUUAAACACAGACAACUUUUAGGGAAACCGUUGUGACCAUCUCUUGUUGGGUUAAGCCACAGAAAAGGGCAAUUUUUUUCUCAGACCUGCAAAUACAAUGAUAGAUUCAUGCAAUGCUUUUACUAUAAAGGAGAUCUUUCCCCCCCUACUCUCUUCCACGGUGGGCUGUGAACCCACAACCUUCUGGCCAGCAGCCCUGUGGGCUAUCAAAAUUCCUGCAUUGCCAUGUAAUGCUUACAGGAAGAAGAACACUUUCUAAAACUGUUUCUAAAAGGCUCUGGUCUGUCCAAGAUGAGAGGAUAAAUGGUAUAGACAUGUUCUCCGCUAUCCACUUUUGUUUAAAUUAUUAUUAUUAUUUGGGGUAUAAGGGAGAUUCACUUUUUUUUCAAGCAUUCAGGGAGGGUUUAAUUGAAAUGUAACUGAUGAACUGUCCAUAUUCAUUUCAGAAAGAUCCCAUUUUCUCAAUGUAACCCUUACUACAAAAUAAUGUUCACCACCUAAACUGGAACAGUUUCAGUAACGGGUGAAAUAAGUUCAACUAAGAUAUUGGAUUAGUAUGUAUGUUAUGUAUCUUUGUGUAGCAUAAGAUACAUUAAUUGAUUAAUUAAAACAAUCAAUGUACAUGCAAAAACACAGAUAUUGAAACAAACUUUUCGAGAAAAUCAAACUGCAAUAUAGCAUUCUGGGAAAUAUGAUAAUGAUGACCGUAGUUUAGCAGACCAGCUUGUCCAGCUAGACCAUGCUGGACCAGCAUACACUCCCAAGAAGAAAAAAAA